UUAGAAGGUACGCAUAGAGAAACGGAAGGUUAAAUCCGGCUUUCUAUGUAACUUGUUAGACCUAUAUUUAGUAUUCAAAUUACACAAAUGUCAGUGCUCUCUGUGUAGGCCAGGUUUACCGGACUAGCUGGUGUGACGCUGUUUACUAGACCUAAGUAGACACAAAAGUCCAAAUUACUCGGGAGCUUGUCGCAACACCUAACAAAUUCAGUCACAUUGGACGGAUCAAGUGAAUUUUGGGCCAAAGAAAUGCUUGAUGGCGACUUUAAAAGAGGAAACUAGAGAAGGUGAAUGCUGCACAUGACCUACUCAUCUAUGGAUCAAAGUUUGUAAAAUAAUUCCUGAAUGAAAGACAGAUCAACCUACAGUAGCUGACAAUGGGUUUAUUUAAGUGGAAAUUACACAAAUUUCCAUGGCGCUUAAAAAGAAGAUUGGACAAUAUCUUCAAGUCUUUCCAGUUGCUCAGAUUAACACUCUGCUACAAUCAUGCUACGCCAUCUCUCACCCCAGUUGAAGUCAUCACUAAACCCAUAAAUGUGCUCUCUCAUUUUCUCAACCAACAGUUUGGCAGAGCCUGUAUGAUAUUAGUGGUGGGUCUGAUGGCUGUUGUGAACCUGACCUACGUCGUGUAUGUACUUCCUGACGUGUACAAAUCCAGUCCGUUUUCGGCUGUCAUUAAUUUCUUCCUUGGAUCAUGGCUUCUGAUGAACACAUCAUUCAACUAUAUCAUGGCAGUAAUCACUGGUCCAGGCUACCCACCACAGGUUGUUGAGAACCCUGUAUCCCUUUGUCAUAAAUGCUUCUCAAAAAAACCAGCUCGGACACAUCAUUGCAAGAAGUGUGGAAAGUGUAUUCUAAAAAUGGACCAUCAUUGUCCUUGGCUCAAUACCUGUGUUGGGUUUUACAAUCAGCGUUACUUCUUUUUGUUUUGUUGUUUUACCUAUGGAGGCGCCAUGCUUGUAACCAUCUCCACCAAUGAUCUGUUUGUAGAGAACUUUUACGGAAAUUCCUUACAGGAAUAUCCUUUCCCUGGAGCCCUGUUUCCUCUCAAUCUUCUGUAUGCCUCAUUCCAAGGAUCCUCCAGGAAGACAAAACUAUUACAACAGUCUAAUAAUUACGACCGCCUUGGGAUGUCAGAGACUGCAGAACACAAAUUGAUUGUAUUCCUCUACAUCCUCAGCUCAGGGGUGGCCAUCGCUCUCACCUUCCUCACACUGGCCACAGCCAAACUCAUCAGCUAUGGGGAGACAACCAUUGAGUAUCAGAUUAAUCUGGUCCAGAAGAAGAAGUUACAGAAGAAAAAAAUAGAAUUCAAGAAUCCAUAUGAUCUCGGAUUUAAAACCAACUGGAAGUUGUAUCUAGGAUUGCAUAAAGUAACUGUAUGGACGUUCGUAAGAGAGAUCAUGUUUCCCUCUAUCUACCGACCUCAAGGUGAUGGUACCUACUGGACUACCAAGACAUUCCAAUACCAUUUUGAUCCAGAAAAAGGCCUUCAAGUGUUAUAAAAAAAUUGAACUUAAAGUGCUUCAUUAACUUUUAAUUAACUAAUGAUAUUUGUUUUGUGAGUGUCUUGGAUUAUUACAAGGAAUUCAACAUGAAUUCAGCUACAAUAACACCCAGUAUCUUCUAUAUUGUUUUAAAUGACAAUAUCAUUGAACUGUGACUGUGAUGAAUUUUCUGUGGUACUAUAGUAGGAUCUAGUAGCAUAAACUUUAUCAUUGAAUAAUCUAAAAAAAAUUACUGACGUUAUGUCGAUUUUGUUUAUAUAAAAUGUUAAGGGGCAUGUGUUGGCCUCUUUUUUAUAUAUAUAUAUAUAUAAUAUAUAAUUACGUGUAGUUCUUGUUUAAUAUAUUAACUUCCUAUUCAUGUUCCAAUCAGUCCUUUAUUCAGUAUUUGUCAUCUCUUUAAUUCUUUUUACAGAGAAGUGAAGAAAACUGUAUUACCGAUAUUAAAAAGAUUUUUUCUAGCAAAGUAUUAAAAUUG